AGCGAACGAUUUCGAGGCACAUGACGUGUGACGUCACAACUUGUGAUCAAAAAUAAUUUUCGAGUGGAAAAAGAAUUUUUCUCGUGGAAAAUUAGGAGGUUCCCAGAGCGCAAUGGCAGCAUCCUUCGUUCCAGUAAUCAUCUUCACAGCCCUAUGGGGUGUUGUGGGUAUCGUUCUGCCAUUCCUCGCCCCCAAGGGGCCCAAUAGAGGGAUUGUCCAGUGCGUGCUGAUUCUCACCGCAUCCACUUGCUGGUUGUUCUGGCUCUGCUGCUAUAUGGCACAGAUGAACCCCCUGAUUGGCCCGAAGCUCCACCAGAACACAAUCCUCAUCAUGGCACGUGAAUGGGGACAUCCACUUCCGGACAUUGAUUCCUGGGUGCCAGAGGAACAUGCUGUAACUCACUAAAUUCCUUUUCCCACAAUUCAGUAUAAAUAAUUUAUGUGUUAUAAAAUUCAAAAUGUAAUUCCCAAAAAUGGAUGAAAUAAUUGUAAAAAAUAUAUAAUUUACUGUGUCUGUAGAAAGAAUGUGAUUAAAUAAAAGAUUGCUUGUGUA